AUGCUUAAAUUACAAAUAUUUAUUUAUUAAAGAAACGUUACAUUUCUCACUAAAAAGAUGCAUAGAUUAUAUAUGCAGUAUGAAAUCGAUCAUUAACUGCUAUUAAUUUACAGUGUGUCAAAAUUACAUAAGUAUUAUAGAAUUAAAGGAAAAUUUAUGCGGAGAUUUUUUUUAUAAUGCAUAUUGCAAUCAAAGAUAUACGUAAGAUUCGUAUUAUCUACUAACCAGUUCACUAAAUUUAGACUAUAGCUGCUAUCGCAGAUACCGGAGUAAAAGCUAUUCAUUAAAACUUGUGUAAAUAGCGUUCAUUUCCUUAAAAAGGAUUAGUGUUGUAACAAAGUUUAAAGCAUAUAGCACCAACUGUAUUCAGUAUACUGUUCAUUCCUUUCAGCGAUAUUUGUAUAAUAAUCAUAUAUUUCUUAUAAAACAUUUACUACAAAAGAAACAUCAUGGCGUCGAAAAAUGCUACUGCUGAUACCGCUUCUACCAAGUUGUACACGCGGGAAGAAGUUGUUAAACAUAACGAAAGCAACGAUUUGUGGCUUAUUAUUCACAACAAAGUUUACGACGUGACUUUAUUUCUAGAUCAGCAUCCAGGUGGAGAAGAAGUUAUUUUAGAUCAAGGUGGUAAAGAUGGAACAGAAGUCUUUGAGGAUAUCGGUCAUUCUAGCGAUGCUAGGAAAAUAAUGGAAUCAUAUAAAAUAGGAGAAAUAGUAGAAAGUGAAAGAACAGAGGGAAAUGCUGAUGGAUUAACUGGAAUAAUUGACGAAGAAAGUACUAGUCGGUGCUGCAUCAUGAUGUGAUGAUCGGUAAUUGCAGUGGUUCUUGGAGGUCAUGGCUGAUUCCUAUUGCACUUGGAGUUCUGGCAACAUUUGUCUACCGUUACUUUAUCAAAGCACACUGAGUCAUUCCUAAGAAUUAUUUUUUAUAAUUUGUACAAACAACUGUUACAAAUAAUGAAUCAAAAAAUAUGAUAUACAUUGCACAUACAGUUUUUUCGUGAUAUGAAAUUGCACAUGGAAGCUGGCCUAGUAUGAAAAGCUUUAACUUUAAAGUUAUGCUUAAAAAAGAAAAAACAGUUUUCCAGACGCUCAGUGGUACAAAAGCCUUAUUGAAAUAUCUGUUUCUGUAUGUAUAAAACAUGAUACAUUAAUUAAAGAUGCAAACAAUGUUUAAGUCAUUGUUAAGUUUGUAUUUAUCACAGUUAAAAA